GGGUCUCGGGCGCUCUGACGCCAUCUUGUGUGUGUCAAACUCCAGGGAUUGUGAAGGUGGAGCCCGCUGUUUCCGGAAGAGCCGAGUGUUGGGAUUGAACCGUAAUCCGUUCAUGUUUAUCUCCCCGGUGUUUUUCUCCGGUGCUUUGUCUCUGCUGAACUACAAGGGAAGCUUUCCGUGACUACUAAUACAGAGGGUGGUCCUGAUCUGUAACAUGGGUAACAGUGCCUUAAAGGCUCACAUAGAAACGGCCCAGAAGACCGGUGUGUUCCAGCUGACUGACAAGGGAUUGGUGGAGUUUCCUGAAGAGCUGCAGAGAUUAUCAGCUAACCUACGAACAAUAGACCUGUCCAGCAACAAGAUAGAAGUUCUGCCUCCACCAAUAGGGAAAUUCAGCAUUUUGAAGAGCUUGUCGCUGAACCACAACCGGCUGAGCAGACUCCCUGAUGAGUUGUGCAAACUGAAAAAACUAGAGACCCUGCAUCUUGCUGCCAACCAGAUCACCCGACUACCUGCUGACUUUGGUCACCUCUCCGCCUUGAAGACGCUAAACCUUUCUGGUAACCAGCUGCGUGCAAUGCCCAGCCAACUGUGCAGCCUACGACACCUAGAUGUGGUGGAUCUGUCCAAGAAUAAAAUCCAGGCAAUUCCAGAUGAAGUUUCCGGUGUGCAGGCCAUAGAGAUAAACCUAAACCAGAAUCAGAUAUCGCUGAUCUCGGUGCAGGUCUCUCAGUGCCCACGUCUCAAGGUGCUUCGACUUGAAGAGAACUGUCUGGAGCUCAGUAUGCUACCCCAGAGUAUCCUAAGUGACUCGCAGAUCUCCUUGUUGGCUGUAGAAGGGAACCUCUUUGAAAUAAAAAAGCUUCGGGACUUGGAUGGUUAUGACAAGUAUAUGGAACGGUUCACAGCAACACGGAAGAAGUUUGUGUGAAGGGGGCGGCAUUUACGGAGGUGAUCGCUAAGUCAAAUUCCGCCCCGAUUGUCCGGGUGAGCUCUCAAUAUAAAGCCUGUGUCCAGGCAUCACAGCUUCUUAAAUCAGCUAGAGUCCUCCCAUCCAACAACAGCAUGGACCGGUGGGCGCCAUCGAUGAAGACGUGUGGACUGUAGCCAUUGGCAGCGACACUGUUUGCGGUAUACAAUGGGUUGUUGAGUUUACAUAGCGACUGCAAUGAGCACGUGUGUCCAAUGCUCAAGCAACUAAUGCGGAACUAGGCCACCCUAUGGAUAAAAAUUCUCUUAGGCUGCAAUUCAUUCAACUUGCAAUUUUCAUUUCAAUUAUUAUUAUUUUUUACAAUUUUUACCUAAUCUUCCUCUGACAGUUAUGUAACUUAUUUUGUCAAUGCACUUUUACUAAAUGUACUUUAUAUAUUUUUUGCCGCCUGCGAUGUCAAAUAUAUAUAGUGCAUUUAACAUCAGACUUUUUGGACCAUUGGCAUGUAAAAGGUGGGUGUGCACUUUGACUGCCAGGACGUGCGGGGAGUUGUAGUUUUGCAACAGCUGGAGGCACCCUUGUUGGUAAACAUUGGCCUAUAGCAGUGGUCUCCAACCUGCGGAGCUCCAGAUGUUGCAAAACUACAACUCCCAGCAUCCCAGCAUGUUUUGCAACAGCUGGAGGUCCACAGGAUGAAGACCUCUGGCCUAUAGGAUUAUACAGGUAGUAUUGAACAGAAUGGGU